UCUUAAAUCUAACCCAGUUCAGCAACUUAAACCUAACAUGCCCUAUCCAAACUUACUCCCUCCUUCGGCCGCCACAUUCAUCCGUACAUCGAGCACCUCGCAAGCCAUCGUUCUUCCGCUGACCAUCGUCCGUGCGCUAUUCCGGCUGAGGUAAAACCAAAGAAUCUCAAACCACGUCUACCAUCGUUUCGUGAUUUUGGUUUAUCCCCUGCAUCCUCGUCGUCUUAUUGUGAUUUUAUUGAACGGUUAGUCAGGGCAGGAAUGCAUCCACACCAAGAAUAUACCACCAGCACUGUAUAUCUCUUCUUGUCGUACAGUAACAAUGUACGUCAUGAUGAAGGUUACUCUCUGCAUGCCAUUGAUAUUUGUGUGUCUGAUGAACAAGGUUUGGUGGUUGAAUCUCCACGCUUACUUGUGCGACUUCCUCUCCAAAAUCGACCGGGCAUGGUAUGUGCUAAAUUAGGCUCCAAGUUUUACUUCCUCGGAGGUGAGAAACGUGACGUUCUGGUAGGUGACAACCGUCCAUCAGACGUGUUUGUGUAUGACCCCACCAACACAUCCAUGAAUGCAAAAGAUUCUGCUUAUAGAGUGGUUGGUGGUGUAUCAAUGAAUUAUGGAAAAGCGGAUCCUACCACAUUUGAAGUGAACGGAAAGUUAUAUGUGCUUGGGUGUCGCUACACCAAAAACGUUGAUGAACACUCCCUCUUUGAGGAAUACGACCCUGUGAAAAAUGGCUGGACCAACUUGGAAGUUACUCCUGCUAGAGGUGAUGAAAUAUAUGACUGUCUUUCCAGUUUUGUUGUCAGUCCAUGUAGAGUUCUUAUUUCAGCUGCUUUUGGAUUUGUGUGGUCUCAAUGGGUUAUCUUGAUAUUCAAUCCUCAAACUUAUGAGUGGACAAAUACUAUUAACACAGAUACCAAAUUUGAUCCUUGUUUUUUUGUGGAGGAUAGUUUUUAUGGACGUGAAGGCAUUUAUGGACUAUUCAAAUUAGGUCCUUUCACGUUUAGUGAGGAUUAUCAGCUCUUCCAUGUUCGAAAAGCAUCUUCUAUAGAUUGGGGAGAUACUUCGCCCAUAUCGUGGCCAUUCUUCUGUUUCCCUCCACCACUUAUUUGUCAUCUAUAUGAUAGGUGCUUUUGUGUCAUCAUAGAAUCAGAUGUUUUGUUGGUGAAUGGAGCUCCACCACAUCCCAAUCCCCGCUGUCUGGAAAUCAUUAUAUAUAAGGAGCUCCAGGGAGAUCAAACAUGUUUUAAGCUUCAAUUCCUGCACCAUUCCUUCAUCCAAAUGGAUACAGCCUUCAACUGCAUCAGUAUACUCGAGAGUUGCCAUGUUGUGAGCUCUGGAGGGAAGAACAAGCGGAUCUUGGUCGGUGACAAGAAUGUUGAAUCUAACUUGGAAUAUGAGAACAAGGUUGAUGACAAGAAAAUUGGAACUAAUCUGUGCUGAAUCAACAAGUUGGGUAAAAGGAUUUCCAAGCAAGGAAUGUUAUGAUAUUUUGGAGUUAUUAUCUUGCUAUGUAAUAUUAAAUCAUAGAUUUAAAUUACGAUAUUUGUUUUAUUUGAAAUGGAUUCAUACGAGUUAUUAUGAAAUGUAAUAUUAAAUCAUAAAUCAUAGAGUUAUUUUGAAAUGGUGUGAAACAGAUUGCACACCUAGGGAUGAGACAGUUAUUUCUCAUGUAUCAAGUAUCAACACAUAAAUUAGACUUUUUUUAUGGUCACAUUACAUAAAGUAGACUUAAUAAUGAAAUUUUACAUAUUUACAAACUAUAUAA